AUGUCAUCUCAUCAUAAAAACCAGGCUGUCGGUGCUAAAGUUCCAAAUGAAUUGAGGAUGAAGAAAAAAACAAAGAAAAAAAUUAAAGAAGGUUCAAGUGGAAAAGAUGAACUUCAACCAGCAACUGACUUGAAUUUGCCAGGGGAUUGUAGCAUGAAGGAAUCAUUAAUCAGUUCUGAGUCUUUUCAAACAAUGGAGCCCAAUGGAAUUAAAAGCAUGACUUUAAUGCAGACUUUGGGCAAGGAAGAUUUGGUACCGUGUAAUAAAAGAAAAAUUAGACCCACAAAACCUAAAGGUUUGGAAAACCCAUCUCCCAAAGUAACUGAAAAUAAGGAUGCACAGAACACUCUAGCAGAGUUCCAAGAUGGACUGUGUAGGGAGAAUUCCAAUUCUCAUAACAGCCUGUCGCCUACAGUAGAAACAAGCACAAUGAUUAAAAGUGAUUAUAAUUGCCAACCCUUUUUAAAGGAUUCUAGUGAUGGAAGAAACUCUUCUUAUAAAAGUGAGCAUGGGUAUGUAGCAGAAAUGGCCACAAAGUUAAAGAGAGAGAAUGUGGAGAAGAGUGACAUAAAUGGUAGCCCUCAACUUCUGCAAAGUGAAGAAAAUAUUGUGGCAGUGAAAAAAGUGUUGUUAGAAGGGAACAAAGAAGGAGUACACCAGAAUAGAAAUAAUGGCACAUUUUCUUGUAUUCAAAAUUCAAAAAACAAGCACUCCAAAGAAGUAAAAAAAGGGGUUGGGAGAAAACCCAAGAAAAGGAUGAGAUUAUCUGAAAAAAUGGAUGAAACAGUCACUGAGAUAAGUUUCCCAAAUAUAGAUAAUAAAUCAGAUGAAUUAUUGUUGCAAGCAAAGCAAAUAUUCACAGAAAACAAAGAUACUUUAGAGUUUAAGACAAAUUCAGUUGCUUUAAGGAAGGGUUCUUCUAUAAUGGAUAAUUCUCGAAGUCCUCAGGAAGUUCCUGAGGAGAAGAAUCACAAGAAGAUGAGUGCAAAACACUAUGCAAAUGAUAUGGUUGAGAAAACAUUUGAACCUUGUGGUAGAAAAGAAAGAACUAAGACUGUUGAAGAGCCCUUUGAUCACAAAAGCACAAAGCGAGAUGAACAUCUUAAGUCGGCAAAAAGCCCUGUAGUGAAAGUAUCUCAUGAUAUAUUUGAUAUUCCUGGUUAUCAUCAUGUUGAAAAGGAAGAUUCAGAAGAUUCGGAAGAUUCAGAAGACUCUGAAAGUGAAACUGAGGAAUUCAUAUUAAGCUGUAGAAGAAUAGUUCCAAUGACUGGUAAAAGAAUUUGGCCUUGUUAUUCAUGUGCUAGGACAUCUGUUUGGUCUCAUAAAAAGGGUAUCUUAGUUGAAUCAAAUGCCUUUCCUUCUGGGUCUCAAGAAAAUUUAUGUCAAGAUAAUUCUGAUAGGCUGCUUCUAAGUAAUGAACAACUAGCUGAUAACUCCAAAUUAAUGUUACAGAAUUUUGUUACAGAGACAAAGAAAGUACCUUCAAGUAAAAAAAAGGUGGACAUAAAAGCAGGGAUUUUGUCUUCCGUUACUGCAGGAACAUCUCCUUCAAUGGAUGUAGAAGAGCAUGUAAUCAACAAUAACAAAAAAGGGAAGUCAGAAGAUCUGAGUAGAAUUGAAUCAGAAGUGAUUUCUAAUGGCAAUGAAAAUAAUCAUUUCACUAAUAUGACCCUACACUUGGCAGUAAAUCCAAAAAAAGAUAAAGGAAUUUCAACAAAACUUAAUGUAUCCACUUCUCAAGAUAAUCAGGAUAUAAACAAUAUUGGGGGCAAAAUUAUGAGGCGGAAAGCAGCUCUUGCCCAACAGACACUUGCAGUGCCAAAUUUAGUGAAAAUGCUAAACACUGGGCGGCUGACAAACUUUAAAAUUCCUUUACUGAAGAAUAAGACAGAACCUAAAAAGGAGUUAAAUGUUAAAUCAGAGAAAGAAGCCUAUAGUCCCCUAGAGCUCCUUGACAAUUUGUCUACAACAGAGAUUAGGCAGACUAGGAUGAAAGAAAUUGACUGUACAGUAAAUCCAAAUCAGCAGUCUCUGGGGAUCCCAGCUGAUGUUUCACUAAUACAAGCCAAUCCUGAUGAGAUCUGCAGUAAAAACUCCAGUACUAUUUCUCAGAACUUCUUGAAGCAAGCUAAAACCAACCCACUUGACCAACUUUCUGAAGUUGGCACAGAAGCUAUACCUCCUACCUGUGAAAAGAAUGAUUUUUCUUCUGAUUCCAUGUAUACAAAGAAAAGCCCUACAAGCUCACCUUCUGCAGAACCUCAUUUAUUUGAUUCUUUUAUUUCCUCUGGAGAAGUUGGUGGGGAAGCAUCUAGAAAAAGCUUUGCAGAAAUUAAAGUAGAAUUUCCAGAUAUUCUUCAAGCUUAUGAAGAUGAUGUCCUUGUAAUUGAUGUAAUUCAAGAUGAUCCAGACCUCUUUGGAGUUGAAGGGGAACCUUUGUUUAAUUCAGAUGAUGCUCUUAAAAACCAAGAACCUAAUAGUGCUGAAGACUACCAAGAAAUUGAUUCAAAGCCUAUGAAACUACCAGAGAAAAGAGACCCAAGCAAUGACUCUAGGUAUGCCUGUCAGCAUGUAAAGAGAGAAUUUCCUGCACAGGACCAUGGAUCAUUGACAUCAGAUAGCUGUUCCAGUGCUUCAUUAAUAACUGCAAAUGAGAUUAAGAAUGAUUCUCCAGUUCUUAGUGAUUCUUUGGGAAGAAUUAUUAAUGAGACCUCUGAGGAUGAAAAACCAGCUGAAUUAAAUGAGCAUAAAAAGGGGCUGGAUGUGGAUGAGAAGUGUAAAUUUUCAAGUAGUGUGGCAAUAAAAGAAGAAAAAGAAAACAUUUAUGAAGUUGAGAAAAGCAAGGAUUCUAAAUAUGCAGAGAUUCUCACGGGUGAGCGUCAGAUAACAUCUCUGUGUCCAACAACCCCAUGCCUGCCAAUACCUUCUUUGAAUAUAAAGGCUCAUCAGGAUGGCACAAUCCUGAAACCCUGGAUGAAUGAUUUUAGAUUUUCAGGGAAAUAUCCUCUUCUGAUGUUGCAGAAUCCAGAAAAUUGUGAAAUUUUUAAAAGGGAAAAAAAUGCAGGGAUGUUCCAGAAGUCCCUAGGGUUGGCGAUGUUACCUCAUGGAUAUUGCAGAUAUCAUUUUAAUACAUUACAUGGCUGUGAUCGAUCACUGUGUAAAUACACCCAUGUUCUUGAACAAACGCAUGAAAAGGUUUGCAUGGAAAUUCUUAAGAAAUAUAUAAAUAUCGGUGAAGUGUGUUUGCUUCAACGUGCAGUAAACCUACUUAUGGAGUACUACAGAAAGUUUCCUCCUGGGGUACAUUUUGAAUCACAAGUGCUAAAUGACCUUCUGAUUUCUUUACUCAAGCACUGCUUAUUGAAAGAAGUGUUUCAGGUAGUGAAUAUCAGCAUAAUGGUCAAAAUGUUGCCUGCUCUAAAAGUAUUAAUCAAAGUAUUUGAGCAUGUGGCAUCUAUGAACUUAAGGAAUGCUGUGCCAACUCUUAUUGAGAUAUUUUGCAAGCUUGUAGAAGCUGGGAUGAUUCUUGACUCUGAACAUUUUAACUAUCUCAUUAAGCUCUUAUACCAAGUACAGGCUUCCAAACAAGAAAUAAAUGCUGUCCUAGAAAUGAAAUCCAGGUUACGGGUGAGACAGUUUAAAAAGAAUUGGCUCUCUGACUUAAAUUCAGCAAUUACUGAAAUAGAGCAUUGUAAAGAAAAAGGUGACUGGGCUAGCCUGGGAAAUUUUUACAUUAAUGUAAAAAUAGGUUGUGAAAAAUUUGCAGAUCUUGAGAGAUUUUCAGCUUACAUUGCUAGCGCAUUAACAAAAGAUUACAAGGAAGAAAGACAAGGAAUUCCUUUUUGUGAAUUUGCUGAUACAGUUAGCAAAGAUCCCCAAAACAGUGAGAUUGAUAAAACUUUACUGGGAAGAAUUGGGAUCAGUGUAAUCUACUUUUAUCACAAACUACUCCAGUGGUCUAAGGGAAAGAAGGUGCUUGAUAAACUGCAUGAGCUGAAAAUCCAUUUCACAAGUUUAAAAGGGCUUGCUGGCCCUGAGAAAUUAGCAUCACGAUGCCAAAUUGUUAAUGUAGCGGCAGAAAUUUUUCUUAAAAGUGGAAGUAUAGAUGGCGCCAUUUGGGUAUUGAGGGAGUCAGAAUGGAUAAUAAAUACACCACUGUGGCCCUGUGACAGGAUGGAUGUCCUCAACAGACAUAACCUACUCUGUACAAUUGCAUAUGAGAUCUUAGCCAAGAGUCUUUACCGACAAACAUUUGAAGUUCUUCAGAACUUACCUGGUUUCCAAAAUUCUCAAGAAACUGUGGAGGUCUCGCAGUAUAACCUUCUUUUUAACAAGCUUCUAGAUGCUUGUAUAGAAAGCAAUAGCCUGGGUGUGUCAUCUUCCGUAGCAGAAUUCAUGUUUUCAAAGAACAUCCCUAUUGAUUUUUCUUUUCUCAGAAGAUUAAUUACUGCUUUAGGGAGAAGUUGUUUAUGGCCAAAAGCCAGAGCCCAUUACAAAAGUGCUCUGUCACUGGGCUGUUAUCCACCAUUGGAGGGAAAUUUGUACCGAAAACUUCUGCUGAUUCCUUCCUACCUGUCUGAGAUUGAAAUGCUCUUAGCUAUUGAAAUUUUUCUAGUAUCUAAUGCUAGUAGUAUUCAAAGUCCUGGUGCUUCUUCCCAAACAUUGCAGAUAGUACUGAAAAGGUGUGAAGAUGACAAAGUACAGAGUACAGAUGACUACCGAACAGCUGUGGAUAGACUGGUCAAGGCUGCUCGGAUAUCGGACCCAAAGCUUUUCAUUAAGCACAUGACCGUGAAUAUCACCAUGGAACAGGUUUAUAGUUUGGAACAUUGUUCUGCCUUGAAAUGGUUGAAAGAGAAUAUGAAAUGGGCUGGGAAGGUUUGGCUUUUUCAGUAA